UAUAGUAGCAGGUGAUUUGAAAACGUUCCUGUUCGAUGUGACAUUAAAUAAUAUAAUUGCUAUUAUUAAUUGUUGAAAUGAAAAUUUUGUAAUCUUAAUUUUGCUAAAUUUUCUUGCUUCAAGACAGAUAGUAUAAAUAAAUGUUGUGACGAUAAUUUUUAAUAUCGUGAACGUAAAUUCUGAAGUAACAGUGUUAGUGAAUGCCGACGAGUACGGAUAUUUUCAUGUUUGCAUUACUAUUUCAGAAGCGGCAAAUAAUUUCAGUCAGGUUUAGUUGGGAAUGAAAAGUUGUAUCCUAACAUUACAGAAUCAGUUAUGGUUGUACACAGGAUCAGUGGUAGUUGGUCAAGUCCUGCAAUACGGCAACAACCUGUUUCGUUAGUAAAACCAGAUUUUCACACUACUGCAAUGCGAGCGAUGUCAGUUGCAUCAGAUGUUACAUUUUCUCCCGAAUUAACUUGCAAAGGAAUUCCUUCCAAUGGCCUAGGAAAAGAUCAGCAAACACUAGUUGAAUGGAAGAACACGUUCAACAUGCGGCAGGUGACGCUCACCAACUUGGCCAGCAGCCAGCUGGGUGUUCGGUCGUCCUGCAGGGCUCACCUUCCCUCCGGCAGGUUCCGGGGCCACUGCACCAGCCCCACCAAGUCCCUGGACCUGCUGCGGCAGAACAUCCAGGCCGCCAUCAACAAGGAGAUCGAUUCCAUCAUCAAAAAAUACUUGGAGAAGUUCUUCCAGCCUGCAGUGGACAACAUCCGCAGCAAUCUGGGGAGCAGCAGUGUGACGGAGGAACACAUCCGGGAGGUUUGCAAGCAGAUUCUAGAGGAGGCAAAGCAAAUGUACUGUACGAGCCCACAGUCCCGAGGGAGCUCCCCCUACAGUGACUCCGAGACCGGCAGCCUGGGGGAUUACCGCUUUGGCCGGCCCAGCUCCAAGAGCCCAUUGUUUCGAAAACGCAAGGAAUCUGAUACGGACUCAGAAGCCAGUCAAUCUGCAAGGCGGAAAAGGACGAAGCCUCGGGUGCCAGUUUCCGGGCAAGCUUCUCCUGCCAAGCAGCCUCGGGGGGACCUGACUCGGAGGAAGGAUGUAAAGUGGAAUGCUUCACGAAUACUGAAGGACACGCUGUUCGUUUUGGGUGCCAGAGCCAACAAGGUGUUGGGGUUCGGGCAGACGCGAGGCCGCCUGUACACUAAGCACCCAUGGCUGCUCAAGUACCUCGGUGACCAAGAAGACAAGGAGUGGCUCUCUCGCAACAACCUGAUGCCGUCUGGAGGCAAAGCUUACCUCAUGCUCUUGGAGGAGAUACGAGAGUUGGCCGAGACGGAAGAGUACCGCAAUCCUAAUCUCCUCCUCCAUGAGCUCAAAGGCUUUGAGGUACCAGAGUUCAUGCUGUGCAAGAUAAGGAACUUUGUGUGCAAUUCUCAUUUUGAUGGGAAUGAUUCAAAGAAGUUCUCGUCAUGUGACCUAACCUAUAGUUCUGAGAUGACUUCAAGUCAGCUCAGCAUGGCAAUCGACUGCAUGUCAUCCACUAUGACACCUCCAGCAACUGUCCUAGAUUCUGGCCCGCCCACUCCCUCGGAAGCCCUGGAGCUGCUGGAAUGCCCGUCCGUGGGCACGCUGGCGUCGCAGCAGUCCGACAGCUGCCCCUACGCGGCCCUGCCCGAGGUGAGCCCCGGCUCGCACCACCACCCCCACCACCCCCACCACCGACACUCGGACUCGUCCCUGUCCAUCCUCCUGGCCGGCCACUCGGCCUCCGACAACUCCCAGGAGGGGGAGUAGCUGCGUCGGUUCGUCCGGGCCGACUGCGUCGCUGACUCCUCGGCGCUUUGAUUCUUUUUUUAAUCCGCGUAAAUCACGUAACAUUCGAUCGAAAAAAGAUAUUUAUUUACUUGGGGUGAAAAAAAAAAGUUUAAUUCUUGCAAUGUUCUGAAACUGUUGCUGGGUUUGGAUCUAAAAUGUCAACAUAUCAAAACUCCUUUUUGUUCAACUCAUCCACUCGUCAAGCCAUUCUGUUUUUUUUUUGCGACCAUCGUUUUGCAUGAGGACUCCAACACUCCUGUGUAAAUGAACCAGUGAUUCAUGAUUCUGACAGCCAUAAUUACUAGCGGCUGGAAAAAUUAGCAUCUAUUGUAGUGAAAUUAGCAUUUUAGAUUAAAUUUAUUUAAAACCUAAUAUUUACAUUCUAAAUAUUUUUAAACAAAAUAUUAAUGUAUAAAAAUACCUCCAAAUAACCCAAUAGUUUAGUUCUGUACAAAAACCACAAUUUUAUAAUGUCUUUUUAGAUUAAAAAUUCUAAUAAAUUUAAAUAGUUGUUUAAGUAAAAAAAAAUAUGAUACUGUGAUAUGCCAACAAAAAUUAAUUUGCAGGUUUAAAGAAUAAUACACAAGAUACUGGAUUAAUUGGAUUGGGUUGUAUUUUAAAAUUAUCUCAGAAUGUAUGUAACAUGGUUGCAUCAUAGAGACAUGGCAAUAUCACGAAGUAUGGGUACAAAAAAUGAUAACCAGAAUGUAUGGGUUUAGUGUACCAUUUGGGGGAAUGCCAAGUAUCUGUAGUUAAUGCUGUGGUUUACUUUCACACUCCCACUAAAGCAUAAUACAAGAAAGUGCAGGCUGUAUUGUUUAUCUUAUUAGCCAAUCAUACACCUUUCGUCUGUGAGAUGAGAAAGUCUGUGGCAAAGGUGGUGGACCUGUUGUGUUCGUGUAUUAACUUAAGUUCCUGAUAAUUCUUAAGUGACAAACAUAUAUUAAAAUAAUUUAAUUAUACAUACACGUGUGUCCUAGACAUAAAGCAAAGUUUGAAUACAAGCUGAGUCUGGUCACUGAAAGUCUACAAGAGAGGGUUGUUUCUAAGUGUAAGAAUGUACAUUUUGUACAAUGAUUUUGAAAACUAACAAAAUACCUAUCUGGCAUUUUAUAAAGGAUAUUUUUGCUAAUUAAUGAUAUUUAAACUAAUUUAGCUGAAAAAAAAAAAAUUAUAUAAAAUAUUAGGUAAAAUAGCAUUUAUUUUGGAAAUUAACCAAAAAUAUUAUUUAUAGUGUAAAUUAAAAAAAAUAGCAUUUUUAGUAAAAUGCUAAUUUUUCCAGGCCCUAAUAAUUACUAUAAAGUACCCUCAGUAAUACUGUUUCUGUUACACGUUUUUAAGAAAUUUUUUGUCAGUUAUGUCUUCUGCACUAAUUAAUGAGCAAUUUUAACUGAAAACUCAUUGAAAUAAAAUUAUUUCAUAUUUAAUAUCUACUCUUUUAGUACAGACAGGUUUAAUAUUCAUGCUGUUAAAUAUACAUAUUCACUGCUUAUUUAGAAUAUACUCUAUAGUUUUUUUUUGUACUAGACAUAAUAGAAGAAGUUUUAGGUAUUGCUUACUGGUUUGUACUUUGUAGUAUUAAAAGAAGGGUGUUUUAUGCCAAAUCACAUGGUUGUUAAAUAUGAUUGCGCUUCAUCAAUUUUUUAUUAUUUUACAAUGUAAUUGUAAUCAUGCCAUCUAACUGAUCCAGUUAGUAUAAUUUGUUUAAAAUUAGAAUUUUUUUUUAUGAUAUUGAAGCACAAGUUCCUAGUUGAUUUGGCUGAAAUGACUCCGAAAAAACUUAACAUCUUUAAUAAUUUUCACUCUAGUUGUGUUAUGAUUUGUACAUUUAAAGUUCACAGAAAUAGGAUUUUUAACACUAAAUAUCUGGCCAUUAUAAUAAAUUUUUAAAUUUAAUUUUAUAAUAUUUCCAUGAGAAUAACUAAAUUUUUGUGGAAACUGCUUCAGUUUUUGCAAGCUUGAAUAUCAGAAAAAAGUUAAUUAACAAGUGUAUGACCCAUAGCUUGCUGAGUACCAUACCGUGCUGUAUCAUCACAUUGAAAUUUUUUUCGUUUACUGCCAUGUAAGAAGAGAUAUAUUUUUGUUUGAUGUCUUGUAAUUAUUUUUCUUCUAGUUCUUUCAGACAAUAAAAUCAAACAAUUUAAUAUUUUUGUAACUCUGAUGACAAAAUGAAUGCAAUACUACUAUUAUCGAGAAUGUGACAAAUAAGGUUUUAAACUUUAUGUUUACAUAUUUUUACUAUUAAGUCAUCAUUUAAUUAAUUGUGAGACACACAAAUCUGAAUUAUUUCUUAAAAUCUAAAUUUUUAAUUUCACUAAAAUAGGUUUGUGAAGUAUCAUGUUUUCUGGGGGUACAACUUGCAACAACAUAAAACCUGUUAUUGAAUCUUAACCGAUCUUAACUUAUGACACUAGUUCACCUUCUUCCCUCCAAUUUUUUCAUUGUUUUUUUAUUAUUCUUAUCAAACAAACCAGAAAGUCAAUUUAGCCAUAUGUGUAAAUGUUUUGUAUAGAAGUUUUGAACAAAAUACAUCAUUGUGUGCAGGCAUGUUCUCCAAUAUUAAAUUAUACAUGUGAGGGAGAGCUCUGUUGUUUGUUAUCAAAUGGUAGGUAAUGUUUUGGUCACCAUUCUACAAGCUAUAUGUGACAAGCUUGUGACCAAUGAUCUGUUGACUAGUUGGGCAGAAGCCAUAGGAUUUAUACAAAUAGACAGAAACAUUUGGGCCUAUUCUCCCACUGAUUUGGCCAAAAUGAACUCAUUGGAGUAGAACGAAUUCAGUUGCUUACUGCAAUAUGAGUUUAUAGCUGAGCAAUUAUUAUUUGAUGUAUUGUAUUACUUAACUGAUUAAAUAACUCAAAAUAAAGUUCUAAAUUCAGGUUGGUUAACUUUGUACAGUGCUUCAAAUGUAUCCUAUGAUUUUGGAGCGAGAAUUGUGAAUCUGUGUUUAUAUUGCUGCAGCAAUUUUUUUUUUUUAUUGUACAUACUUUGUUUGCUGGUGGAUGCCUAUUUUCACAUGCUGUAUUAUAAUAUGAAUUACUUCUUUGCCACAUAAUAAAAUAAUCAAUAAACAUUCAAUUUUAAAAUACAUCACAGUUGUUGGCAGCUAUAUUAUAUUUGUGUUAACAAGUGUUUUGUAUCAGUUAGCUGUUGUUUAACCCAAUUGUUUAUUACUGCAUAGUGCAUAGUAAGUUUGGUCUGUGUUUAGUGUGACAUUAAGUUACCAUAUUAUUGUGCCAUACUUAGUUGCCAUAAUUUAAUGUGCAAGCUUUGGUUUUUAAGAUAUUCUAUGUUUUGUUGUGGAUAGGUAUUAUACUGUAUAUGUUUUAUGAAGCUUAAUAAUUGGGGAAGUUAGCUCUGAAUGUCAUGAAGUAAAUUAUGUUGUUUUCUGAAUAUGAUAUGGAAAAAAACUGUGUACAAAGUACAAAUUUGGAGAGGUGAGAUUUGUAUGUUAAUGAUUCUGUAAACAACAAAUCUAUUGAGGGUUCCUUUUGUGAUUUUGAAAGAAUAUGCACAGAAAGGUAGUUCUUUAUAAAAAUACAUACUGUAGUAAUUGUGAUAAACUGAAAUUACAAUGUAUACAUUUUUAUUUUUGUAUAUUGUAAAAUGUAAACCUAUUAGGUUGAUGGAAAACAAUAUUUUGCGAACAGGAAUGGUAGUUAUACAAUAAGAAAGUGUUCAAUGCUUACAUAAUGCAUGUUCAUUCUAUUUUGGUAUUUUAUUCAAAAAUGUAACUGAGAGGAAAUGUCAAAAUUAUGUGUGGAUGUGAACAAGUUUGUUAUAUUUGUUAUUGUUAGAAAAUACAUUCCUCGAACAAGUAAAAACAAAGUAAAUAAUAAAUUUUAUAAUUAUGACAUUUUGAAACACUUGUAUUUUUUUUCCCCUACAUACUCAGAAUGAUUCUUUCAGACUCACACUAUAGGUAGUUAUGUUGAGUAUAAUUGGUGUAGUAUAAAAGCAUUUUCGUUUUUGCACGAAGUUAAAUAUUAUUUAUCUGUAUUACAAAAAUCAUGUUUUUAGGCAAUAUUAAUAUAAUUUAAUAGCCAGUUGUUUCCCAUAAUAUUUUGUAGAAGGGCAUAUACAAUGUAAAGUAAUUUAUCCCAUGUAAUCACAGCAGUCAGUGAAUACUCUUAGCUAACAGACAGUAAACUGCACAACAGUAGUAUAGUUCUGCAUCUCUAUAAAAAAAUCUUUUCAGUUGAGAAGUUUGUUUGACUGGUGUGAGUGCUGAAGAAGGAGGGUAUUUUCACCACCUAAAGCAGAGACCACAAAGCCCACACGAGCUCACGCGAAGGUUCUUUCUUGAUCGCUCAGAAUUGGUUUCCUUGCGCAAGGGGAGGAAGUGGAGCUAAUCCACUGGGGGAAAUGAUGUGCUCCUGCACAGAACAACAAAAUUUAUCUUGGAGCGGCCGAGAUACAAGCCUUGCUGUAAGUGGAAACUCCAGGCAUAUAGAGAAGCAGUGUAUAGGGAUGUUAAUAUGUUUAAGUCAAACGUAUGUUUAUUCAGCAUAAAAAUUCAGACAGGUGUAUAUUCGGUCGGGGUUCGGGUUUCGAGAGGGUCGCUACGGUGUUGUUUGGUAAUGGGCGCCACCACGUGGAAGGGCACGUGGACCCGACUAUCAUCCGUCUCAGAGCGUGUGAGGCAAGACUGGACCCUCGGUUAACUCCCGUAGUACACUCGGACCUGACCCGCUCUCAGCGUCGGGCAUGCUUAUGGUAUAACACGUAGUGGGCUCUCCAGGCAUCCCACACGCCUGCUCACGACGUAUAGGUCGCCACGUGGUCGGUGCAAAAAAAUACAGGGAGACAAUUAGAAUUAAUACGUUUAAUAAUGGCACGUACUCCCGUACACUGUCUCACGAGGUGCAUCUCCAAGAUCCCAGGCACCUAAUCAGAACGCAGGGAUAAGGCCCACGCACGUGGCCUGCACAAGCGAUUACUUAGACGUGAAAAGACUCGUUAAGAGUUGAAAAAAUGAUUAUGUUAAACAGUCCCCCAACCGAGGCAGGCCCCGGGGAUACGUGAAAGCAGAAAACUGAAUUAAUAGUCAGUAAACAAAGAGUGAAGUCCCCGGGUGCGGAAGGCAGUGUCUUACCUCGGUCGUUGGCGGUGUGAAACUGAACGAGUGCCGUGCGCCCUCGGAGCCUUGCCAGUACGCCUUUCUGAUUAAGUGCCUUGUAAUUUUAUAUAAAGAAAUACAAAAACACUUCAUAAAUUAAUACACGUUCUCCCACGGUUCUAUUACUAUUUAACCUAGAGUUAUUAAUUAAAAUAUAUAUACAUUUCAACUUUGUUCGUGUUUGAGUUUGCCUGGCAGCGUCUUAGACUUACUUACUAAAACUUAUAAUUUUAAACAAAACGAAAACCCUCCCACCCGUCAGUGGCGACACAAAUGAAUGGGGAAAAAAUAAAAAGCUAUACAAUAUUAUUAUUACAAAUUUAGGGGGACGUCUCACUGCUGCUACAGCGCCCUCUUGAGGUAGUUCGUGGCGCGCUAUUCAAACCCAAACACACGACUACGUGCUCAAGAUGGAGCGGCUGACAGUACAGGAAGUGGGACUGGUGGUGAGGGGAAAGGUGGCGGAGGCUGACCAGGCUUCUUGGGCGCAGGCCCGGUUGACGUC